AUGCCAUGGCUCACAACGAGUCUUCCCCAACAUCAACUUGGGAAUGUACCAAUCUCUCCUUUGGAAGUUGCACCACCAGUCUCUGAUGGUAGGGGCCGGUCCAAUCCAUUUGAACUGGCUCCAUUCCUCUGGGUUGAUACCGACGAACCUCAGAGUUUGAAUGUCAAUGAGGACGCAUCGAUUGCACCAAACGGCACUCUACCACGGGCAGAGUGUGCAGACCAAUUCCGGCCUGAUAUCAUGGCCAAUACCUCGUUCAUUGCACCGGCACUGGAAAGCGCGGACGCGAUGCCAGCUGGGUAUCCGAUUAGCCAAGGUCCGGGAUACACUGAAGCCCCAUAUCCUUUUUACGCUGGGGACAACACGGGCCUAGGUUAUACGGCAGCAACUCUACCAGCAGAUGCUGGGCCUCCACCAAUCGCAGUCGACAUGUUCACCAGCAGCACGGUUGACUCUGGUGCAGGAUACAGUUAUGCUCCCUCUCCAAAUGUCAACCUGGAGGGGGACUACUCUGUUCCCUACUCGGCGACCAGGCCGUCCCCCGUCAUGGCUUGCCCGGGGAUGGCUCCUACGUUGGACAAUCGAGCCGUCGAGCAAGUGACGGCCCAGAGCUAUUCUCUUCCAUAUCAACCAGAGGGCUAUAUCCCACCUGGGAACACCGCACAUCAACCAGCUGUGCCUCGGCUUCCACCACUGAUGGGACAGUCCUGCAACCUUCCAGUCCGGCAAACAUCGGUACGUAUCUACUCGUCUCUUGGAUUGGUGCUCUGGAUUGACGACUAA